CCAGGAUACAUCCACGUGCAGAAAUGGAAAACAUGGAAAUGAAAUGUGGAAGUUGUUUGAAAUCACCGAAAAGGAAACAUGAGCCAAAGGAAGUGUUCACUGGAGUGUGUAGUGGCUUGCCAAGAAAAGGGUGACCUUGAUGACGAGAGACUGCCAUCCAGUCCUGUAUAGGACCAUGCAGGAACUGGGUGAGCUUGGGUAGGCUUGGGUGAAGCAUCAUAUCGGAAAAGAUGGUGGUGAUGAGGAAGGGCUUGAUUGAUGUGAGUCUGCCGCGGUGUGUGGUACAGUGGUAUCUAUGGAGGGUGUGUUGAUGCGCGGUGUGAGGAAACGGUUUUGUCAUCUCGCGUCAGGUUUUGCGCUCAGUUUUGAAGUGAGAGGGGGAUAACGAGCGGUGACUUGAUAAAGUGAUGAUGGUGGUGGGUGAUAUAUCACGGUUAUGUCCUCCCACAAUCAAAAUCUGGUCUGACCUCCUUAUUUUUAUUUCAUCAUUCUUCUCAACAUCGUGGUCACGGACAAACAAGCCAACACCACCACCAUCUAGAAGUGGGAGAUCACGAGUGAUUUUCUUCGCAAACCUACCUCAAUCGACUACACCAUCGACGGUCAGAUCAAACAGAAGAAAAAAAAUCGCCCAAGAUGAUCCUGGUAGACAUCAUCUCCAUCAUCCUCCGCGUUGCGGAGCUUGCAUUCGCAUCCAUCGUUGCUGCCCUUAACGGGCGCUUCCUGCACGCCGCUCGCGGCAACUCACCAUGGGAUCUCGGCCGACACAUUUAUACUGAAGUGGUGGCGGGCUUGUCCAUUCUCUUUGCCAUCGUCUGGCUGUUUCCGUUCUCGAGCUCGUUCAUCCACUGGCCCAUGGACCUGGUCAUUUCUGUCAUGUGGUUUGUGAGCUUUGGGCUGUUGGUAAAUUGGUUGCAUGGGGUUUGCGGAUAUGUCUUUGAUUGGGAUAAUGUUGGCUUUAAUGGUGUGGGCUGUGGUGAGUGGAAGGCUACAGUUGCUUUUGCCUUUCUCAGCGCCAUUUGUUGGCUUGUUAGUGCUUUGGUUGGUCUCUACUGGGUUCGUCGCCAUACCCCCGCUCCUGUUGAUGCGGGAUAUCGUCGCCGCCGCUGGUAUCGUUCUCGCGUCUAAAUCCAGGUGCUUGCCUUUGAGUGUUGGAUGUGGGAGCUUCGCCUACGGAAAGAUGACAGAUGGUUCGAUGACUUUCACCGAGGCGCAAUGCCCGUCUUGCUUCCCCCAACUACAUACUGUUAAUUUUGGACUGGAGCUGUUUUGUUGAAGACUGAUGGACGGAAAUGAUACCCGGAAUGGAUCUGGACCGCGCUAAUGAUGUGCUGUUUGGACCCCACUCUUCAAUCGCAUCUCUCUUUACCCCUGAGCAACAGCUGGAAUGACGGACGUUUAUGGAGACCUUCUGGGAUGAUAAUGACGGAAAACGGGCCGUACAUGUUGUAAUUGGCCGCCAUGUUGCUUGCUUCUUGGCCUCGCGUGCGAGCUGAAACACUUAAGAAUCCAGUUUACUAUACUCCUUUGCAUAAACAUCUCGUUGAUCGUAAUAUCUUCC